CUAAAAGGUAUGUUUACUCCAUGUAGUUGAGGUAGGCUACUACAUAAUUGCCUACAUUUCCCAUAAGACAAGAGACUUGCAAAUCACGGAAUUUACAGCAGGAUUUCAAAUAGGAUGCAUUUGGCACUAGGCUAUUGCCUCCCUUUACUGCAGAAAACUUACCAACGGUGGUGUAUCAACCAUUUGUUCAAUCAAUGUGGAUAUAUUAUAUCAACUGAGCACAGAAAGGGUGUCAACAAAUCCCCGUAGAAGGCAAGCUGCAGGUUGGCAGCUGAAGUGCGCUAGCGGUUUGUCUGGAUUUCCACUGGAUAUGUUCAUUUGACUGCGCGGUUGAGUCUGCGAGCGCAGUCGCUCACUAAGAACACAUCCAUGUGAUUGAAUUCCACCUACCUUCACUUGGUCGAAAGAAACGAACGAACGAGGAAUACGAUUGACUAGCUUAUAUCGGUGCGACUGUCAGAAUUGAUUACCAAUAGUCAAUACUACAGAGCCAAUUCGUAUAGCCACCUGAGAUUUGACUGCAACUUUCAGUGGUAUUCCUUGAAGUAGCAUCUCCAAGAAGAUUGCUCUGCGACCAAAAGGAGCUAGCAGUCAAGACGAAAUCCUUCAAGAAUCCUUGCGCCGGCCGUCAGUGCGCGCGUGCUUUUGGAAACAUGGGUUGUACGCUAAGUGCGGAAGAUAAAGCGGCCGCGGAGAGAUCAAAGAUGAUUGAUAAAAAUCUCCGCGAGGAUGGAGAGAAGGCGGCAAGGGAGGUGAAACUGCUCUUACUAGGUGCCGGGGAGUCUGGGAAAAGCACCAUCGUCAAGCAGAUGAAGAUCAUCCAUGAGGAUGGCUACUCAGAAGACGAGUGUAAGCAGUACAGAGCUGUGGUCUACAGCAACACCAUCCAGUCCAUCAUGGCUAUUAUCAAGGCCAUGGGCAACCUCAAGAUCAACUACACAGAGGCCGCCAGAGAGGACGAUGCCCGCCAGCUCUUUGCCCUGUCGGCUGCUGCUGAGGCGCAGGGCAUCCUGCCCAACGACCUGUCCAAAGUGAUCCGCCGCCUGUGGGCCGACAGCGGGGUGCAAGGCUGCUUCACGCGCUCCAGGGAGUACCAGCUCAACGACUCAGCCGCAUACUACCUGAAUGAAAUGGAGAGGAUAGCCAAAUCAGACUACAUCCCCACACAGCAGGACGUGCUGCGGACCAGAGUGAAGACCACUGGCAUCGUGGAGACACACUUCACCUUCAAGGACCUACACUUCAAGAUGUUUGACGUGGGCGGCCAGCGCUCAGAGAGGAAGAAAUGGAUCCACUGCUUUGAAGGAGUCACAGCCAUCAUCUUCUGUGUGGCGCUGAGUGCUUAUGACCUGGUGCUGGCUGAGGAUGAGGAGAUGAACCGGAUGCAUGAGAGCAUGAAGCUGUUUGAUUCCAUCUGCAACAACAAGUGGUUCACAGAGACCUCCAUCAUCCUCUUCCUCAACAAGAAGGAUCUCUUUGAGGAGAAGAUUACACGCAGCCCCCUAGCUAUCUGCUACCCCGAGUACACAGGAGCCAACAAAUAUGAGGAGGCAGCCAGUUACAUCCAGACCAAGUUUGAGGACCUGAACAAGAAGAAGGACACCAAGGAGAUCUACACCCACUUCACCUGCGCCACCGACACCAAGAAUGUCCAGUUUGUCUUCGACGCUGUCACCGACGUCAUCAUUAAGAACAACCUGAAGGACUGUGGUCUCUUCUAGAGGCAGGCCCAGAGGAGGCAGGCCCAGAGGAGGCAGGCCCAGAGGAGGAGCUAAGGAGUACAGCCCAGAGAGCCUGCUGCCUGGAGGAUAGAGAGAGAGAGACACACCACCAUCACAGACACACUGUACUGGCACUUUUCUAUAUGGAAGCAAACAUAACAGACUGAGAUGUUGGGGAAAAAAGCCUUGCAGAAUUAUUCCAACAAUCACUGAUUCUCAACCGUCAUGUCCUCCUCUCCCGAUUGUGGUUUUUGUGUUUUUGUUUAUUUUCUUUGUAUGUUAGAUAUUUAAUUUGAUAGGUGUCUCUUUUUUUUAUUGAUAUCUGGCAAGUCUAAAUUUUAUCUCAGAUUUAUAAUUUUUCGCUUGUAUCUUUAUUGUUUAACUAUUAUCAGAGGUUAGAAAUACAUUCAAUUUACUUUAACAGAUGUCUGCAUUUUAUGAAACUUUAAAUUGCUUAUUUUUUACAGGGAAACAAUAUGGAGCGAGAACAUAAAUUGUGAGGAAUUUUUGGGGGGAUAAUGUUUACAUAAUGCCAACAAGGUUUGGGAUCAAUUUCAUUUAAAUUCCAUUCAAUUCAGAAUGGAAACCAAAUUCCAAUUUCAAAUUUUCUUAAUUGAAAAGCAUUGAAGAGAAUUGGAAUUUCAAUGUACUUCCUGAAUUGACUGGAAUUUAAAUAAAAUUGACCCCAACCGUGAUGCCAACAUUCUUCGCUGUAUAAUAUCGCUUAUCGUUCUGCAUGACUGUCCAUAGAUGAUCAUAGCUGUAUUUCUGUAAUUCUCACAAACAAUGGAACAUUCCUUUAGAAAAUAAUAACAAAAAGUUAAGAAAAAAGUAUCAGUUUUGAAGAUAAAAGAUUUUUAACCAAUAUUUAAUAUAGAUGUGCUUUCCUAACAUUAUUUGUUUUUCUUUCCUUUUUUUCUGUUUCAAUCCAUGUCUUUUGCAGUAUGUUUGUGCCUUGAUAUCUGUUCAUACCUGUUACUUGUAGAGACUUGCUUUCUCCAUAGUGUGAAUUAGGGCUAUUUCUACUCCCAUACUAUUCCCAUGACUGAUGAAGUGGUAAAAUAUAGAUCACAAUAAUGGCACAGAAAUUAACAAUGAUAGUCUUUUGGUAAAUAUUAAAAUUGUUUAAAUGUUCUACUAUUGUUUAAUUUAAAUAAAGUUUUAAUUUAAAUAAA